AUGUGGUCUUCCACUACAAUGCCGGCAUUAGCAAUCGUGCUGUCAGCACUUUCUUUCCUCCCCAGCACAUCAGCCACAGUUCCUCUAGAAGGCUAUGGCCGAGACUCCUACCCGGUACCUUGUGCCCAAGCGUGCUCAUACGCAAUGCCUUACAACCUCGACUGUCCUGAGUAUGCAGGUAUGACAGCAGAGGAGAAAGCGGCUGCGUAUCCAUCAGCAGCAUGCUUCUCCAACGAUACUUCCUACUUGACUUCCAUGGCCUACUGCAUCCACUCUUAUUGCCCAAAGAACGUCAAGAUCUACAAGGUUGAGAACUUUUGGGAGACCCUGAUGAUUUACCAGUCUGAGUCAAUUCGAUGGUCUUAUCCUGAAGCUCUGGCUCAAGUUAACACUACGACUGCACCGAAGCCAAUGUCACCAGAAGAGACGGUGUUCAACCGUACUAUCUCUAUUGACGCAGCCAUCUAUCAGUCCUACAUGAACGGUGUUAAGGGGUACCAGGCCGUCGCCAAGAAUGAAUCCAAGUACUCUCUCCUCGCCUUCAUGACAUGUGUCAUGGUGCCGAUUGGCUUCUCCCUCCUCCGCUUCCUUCCGCUCCCAACGUCCUUCAGAAGCAAAGUGUACGGCUAUCUUAUCGACCCCCCGGCUUGGGGCAAGCAGCACAGCGUGGCUACGCUUGGGAUCGGUAUGGUGCCUACCCGAGGUCAAGCUCUCUUCAUCCUCUACCUCAUUGGUAUCAACUGUCUUGCUACGUUUGAAGGAUAUCCUAACUAUACUCCGAAUGGAAUCUACCCGGAUCGUCACUAUGAACUGAUGCGUCAUAUCGGUAACCGCGCUGGUGCCAUUGCAUUCGCCAAUAUCCCUAUUGUCAUCCUCUAUGCGGGUCGCAGCAGCGUUCUUCUCCGACUUACCAACUGGUCCUACUCAACCUUCCUUCUCCUUCACCGAUGGACUGCCACCAUCUGUGUCGUCCAAGUCGCCCUUCACUCGCUUCUCUGGCUUCGAAUCAUGAUCGAGGGGCACUCAUAUCCCUUGGUUCUCACAUACCCCUACUGGUAUGUCGGUGUCGUUGGAACCGUCUUCUUCUCUGCCUUGAUCCCUUUCUCGAUGCUUCCAAUCCGAAAGAUCUUAUAUGAGGUCUUCCUCAUCACGCACAUCGCCUUGACGGUCGGUGCUCUGGUCGCUUCUUGGUAUCACAUUGUUUUUCUCUACGAAGACACGAGCGGCUUUGAGAUCUGGCUCAUAAUCGCUUUUGCUUUCUGGGGCCUUGAGAGACUCCUUCGCAUUCUACGUAUUUCCAAAUAUGGUAUCAAGAAAGCAUACGUCACUCGCAUUGACGACAAGUAUCUUCGAGUUGACAUCCCCGAUGUUGAUGCUCAUGGUCAUUGCUUCGCUUAUUUCCCUACUCUGUCCUGGCGUGUAUGGGAGAACCAUCCAUUCUCAAUCGUCAACUGCAGCAAAGGUCAGCUUGAUGGAGAGUCCGUGAUCCCAAGCUCGGCUUCGCAUACACAGUCUGAGAAUGAAGGGGCAAUCUCACCGACCGAGGCAUCAGCUUCCAAGGAGAUGGGCGGCGCCAUGUCCAACAUCCGCCAGUUAAGAGUCCACAGCAACACUACUAAGCCUGGCAUCACAUUGUUUGUCCAGAACCUCCGUGGUAUGACCGCCAAGCUCGCAAAGAAAGCUGGCACUGGUAUCGCCAUCCCAGUUCUCAUCGAGUCUUCUUAUGGCCACGAAGACACCAGUCGCUUCGAGCCCAACACCGAAUACCGGAAUACCCUUGUCAUCUCCGGUGGUGUCGGCAUUGCUGGCGUUCUAUCAUCUCUCCAAGCCUCCCUGUCAAUGUACGCCAAACCCCUGGGAACCACUAAGCUCUACUGGGGAAUCAAAAGUCAGGGCCUUGUGGAUGUUGUCAAGAGUAUGAUUGUAGGUGGAGAUGCCGCCGAAGAAAAAGAAGGUGGUGAAUCCUCCAACUGGGGCCAUAUUGAGACCCAUGUCUCGGUUGGUGAGCGCAUGGACAUAAAAAGAGUUUUGACGACGGAAUUGGAGAAUGCUAUUGGUGGAACUACGGUUGUCGUUUGUGGUCCACAUGCGAUGUGUGAUGAAGCUCGGUAUGUCUGCGCUGCAUUGGCGAGACAUGGUGUUGUUGUUCGCUAUGUUGAAGAAUCCUUCACUUGGUAG